AUGUCAGUUCACGAAAGGAUACGAAGAUCCAUUUGUAGGAUCUUUUUCUUUUUAUUCUUUUUAUCAUUGUCAUAUAAGACAUUAUUGAAUAUAUAUUUAUACAAUGAAAAUCCCAGAACAAAUGGACAAUAUGUUAAUAUAUACUCAAGAAGUCUAGGUGAAUUAUUAAAGAAUCCCGAAAAAAGGGAAGAGCCCAUUUUGAAAGUGAGUGAAAAUGAUGAUAUUGGAAAGAAGCCAAAUUUAUAUGAUGAGGAUUAUUAUAAAAAGAAAUUAUUAAUCGAUAAUAUAUGUAAGGAGUAUUAUAAAUUAAUGAUUAAUGCUAAAAUAAAUGAUUCUAAUAAGAAUAAUAAUUUUAAUGAUAUUAAGGAUUUCCCUAAAAACGAUGAACAUAAGGAUAACUUAUCAAGUAAAGAAAGUUUAGAAGUUGAAGGAGAAAACUGCAGUACAAGAAUUAAAUCAUCAUUAGAAUUAGAAAAUAAUAAUUCUGUUAAUAAUUUAUUUUAUGAUGACGGAAAUCCGGAAAUAAACUUUUUUAUUAACAAAGAUAAUUUAAAAAUAGCUAGAUAUACUUGGAAGGUAGAAAACCCCAAAGCUUACAUUUUUGCUCUACAUGGUGUAACUACACAUUUAAGAAAUGAGUAUUUAAAUUGUUAUGGUAUGCCUGAAUGGGCUGAAAAGAAUGGAGAGGAAAACGAAAAUGCUGACGACACAGAGUAUAGUAUUAGUAAAAUUUUGGAUUAUUUUAAGGACCAUAAUAAUGAUCAUAAUGUGUUCAAAAAUUUAUAUGAUAAGAUAGAAAUUAUUAUUAAGGAUAAAUUAUUUUCAAAAGAUGAAAAUGAAACAACAAAUAGUAAUAAAGUAAAUGAUAUAAGUGUUAUAUAUAAUAAUGUGUUCAAAAAUUUAUAUGAUAAGAUAGAAGUUAUUAUUAAGGAGAACUUAUUCACAAAAGACGAAAAUGAAAUAACAGAUGUUAGUAAUGUAAAUGAUAUAAGUGUUAUAUAUAAUAAUAUAUUUAAAAUUUUAUAUGAUAAAAUUGAAUCUGUUAUUAAGGAAAAAAUAUGGAAUAAAGAUGAAAAUGAAACAUUAAAUGAAAAAAAAGUGGAUGAUACGAAUAUUAUUCAUAAUAAUAAUGAGGAAGAAAAUGUUCACAAUAUAAAUCCAAAUGGGGAAUCAAGUAAAGGUUUAAGUAAUAAUACGGUUGAAAAUAAGGAUUGUAAAAGUAUUAAUGAUAAUGAGGUUACGAAUAAUAAUGAUAUUAAUAAAAAAAUUGUUGAGGAAGAAAAUAAUUUACAUAUAUUCAAUGAUUUAUAUGAUGUAAUAAAUGAUAAUUUUGAUAUUAACAUUGAAUCAUACACAUUAUGUAAUGCAACUAAUAUUAACGAAAACAGUGAAUUGUAUAAGAGCUUAUCCAUUUAUCGAUCUUCAUUAGAAGGUAUAUAUUUUUAUAGAAAUAUCAGAAGUAUAUUGAAUAAACAAUUAUUUGAUGAUAUAGGACAGUAUGAUGGUAGUUUUAAAAAGUAUCUUAAUGAUGAUAAUGUUUUAAUAAAAGAUGAAACUGAUGUUAAUAAUUUUGUGGAUAGUAAAUAUUACUUUUGUUCUAUUUGUGGUCUUUGUGAACAUUGUAAUUGUGGUAAGAGAACCUUAUCAUAUAAAAAUAGUUGGAUUGAAAAAUUAAAUGAGAAUGGUUUCACAUUUAUUGGAAUAGAUAAUCAAUCUCAUGGUUUAUCAGAUGGAGCUCGAAAUCAACGAUGUUUUGUUGAAAAUUUUGAUAAUUUUGUUUUCGAUGCUGUUAAAGCGUUAGAAAUGUUUAUAAAUGAAUGCAAAGAGAAAAAUGAAUUAAAACCUAUAAUAAUUAUGGGAACAUCAAUGGGUGGAUGUAUAGCUUUAAGAACGAUUGAAACUAUAUAUAAAUUAAAUAAAAAUUGGAAAGAUAAUAUUAAAUGUUUAGCUCUUAUUUCACCUAUGAUAAGUAUUGAGAAUCAAAAGCGUAAAUUAAUUAAUAGAAUAUUAUAUAGUAUAUGUAGAUACGUUAAAAAAUAUUUUGAACUUUAUGAAAUGGAUGUUUUAUAUGAGAGACCUAAAUAUCCUUGGAUUAAAGGUGACACAGACAUUGAUCCUAAUCAUCAUUCCGAAGGUUUGAAACUUGGAACAGCUGCAGAAUGUGUAUUCGCAGCUGAUAAAUGUUUAGUUCAUUCAAUAUUAAAAUAUAUAGAAGAGAGUGAUAUCGACAUUAUUAUUCUUCAAUCCAAAUAUGAUACUACUGUUGAUCCUACAGGUCCUAUUGAUUUUGUUAAAAAAAUGAUAGAUUUGUACAACAAAAACCAUCAUGAAAAUUCUAAUGCUAAAGAGGAUGAUAAUGAAAGUGAAAAAAAAGAAUUAGAAUCUCAUAAUGAAACGGAAGUGUCUAAUAAUGAUCAAGAAAAAAAAAAUAUAUCAUUAAGAGAUGAAAACAUACCUAAUGCUGAUGACAUUCAAAAUGAUAUAAAUGGAUCAUGUUAUAAUGUAGAGAAUUAUGUGCUUGUAUCGGGAAAUGAUUUAACAGAACAACAAAAAUUAUGGCAUUCAUGUGAUCAUGGAUAUUAUAAAAACUUUUUAAUGAAAAAAUUGGGUAAAAGCAACAAUUUGAAAAGCAAAAAUGGGGAAGAUAGUUUUAAACGUUUAAGUGCUCAUAUAUUGAAUUAUGGUUCCCACAGGUUACCCUGCGAACCAGAUACAGAACGAAGUAUAAAUAUUAUAACUGACUGGAUAAAUAAUAUAUUUGUAUAA